AGACUAAAGUUACCGUUUCGAAAUCCCCGUGUAUGCCGCCUCCUAAAGCUGCCGUUUCGAAGGAUGCAAAGAAGAGUAAAGUUGUAAACUCAGCAGAGCCGAAAGAAGUUGAAACUGUAGCCAGUGAGUCAAGUGAUACUGGUGAUUCUGAUUCUGAUCAUAUAGAAGCGGCAACAACAGAUGUGGUUCCGUCACCUACACGUAAACGCAAAAGAACCUCAAAGUAUUGGGCUGAAUUUCAAGAGGUAUUGAUAAAAGGGAAAACACACGGAGAAUGCAAGCACUGCAAGAGGAAUAUUGGUGUGGAGAGCAAAAAUGGGACAAGCAGUUUGAGGAAACAUCUAAAUAGUUGUAUGGCGUACAAAGGAGCACAACAGCAAAUUAACCAAAUGUUCUUGAAAGCUAGUGAAACACAAGAUGGGUCAGUAGCUGCUUACAACUUUAAGUUUAACCAAGAAGUAACUCGUGAUUGUAUUGCAAGAAUGAUUAUCUUGCAUGAACUCCCUUUCUCAUUUGUAGAGUACAUUGGUUUUAGAAGGGUGCUGACUUCAUUACAACCCAAUAUUAAACUUGUGAAGCGGAACACUACGAAGUCAGACUGCAUAAAGAUUUAUCAAAUGGAAAAGAAGCAUUUGUACGAUAUUUUUAGUAAGCUCACUAUGUUGAUGAAGAAUGGAAGAUUCAGAAGAGAAUUUUAUCUUUUAACGCUGUGGAUGUGCAACACACAGGAGUUAACAUUGCAAAGGUACUGAUGGAGCAGUUGUACAAGUGGAAUAUAGAUAGGAAGAUAGCUUCAAUUACGCUGGAUAAUGCUUCAACUAACAAAGUCGUGGUAAGUGAACUUCUUGCUCAGCUAAAACCAGAUAAUGGAUUACUUUUGGAUGGGGAAUUAUUCCAUGUUCGAUGU